UCUGAAAACGAACAAGUCAUCAUUGAUGCUGUAGGAUGAUAGAUCUUGUUCUCUUUCAGAGAGUAAACUGUGAAACAGUCCUGGAGAAAUGUAAAAUUCCAACAACUUCACACACAAGCUAGCUUUUGUUAUCUUAGAUUAAUUCUUAUCUUGACUUUUGGCUAAUUAUUACAAUUUUGAUUGCUACAUUACGUCUUUCUAUUUUUCCCCUUCCUUUCCAUGUAGGCAUAUCACUUGGUCUGUUUGAUUUUUUUAAGGUUUAUAAAAAUGCUACAGCAAUAGAGUCUCUGCCACAGAUAUAGUUUAGACAUUUGAAUUAAAUGAUAGCUGACUUGCAACACUUGCUCUUAAAUUUGUGCAGGAAAUAUCCCCUGCUCUUUGACUCAUUUGUCAGCCAAUUAAAAUAUGGAAAAAAGUGUGUUUUAUAUGAUCACUAGUUAAAUGUUAAUCAGACGUUGUUCACAUUCUCGUGAAUACACUGUCACAAAGUCUAAGGUGUUUUGGGUAUGCGAUGUUGAUCAUUUACUAAUUUGUUGUUUAUAAAAGUCUCAGAGAGACCAGAGACUGACAUCAGAUCGCUAUAGCAGAACUCACAGGAUCUCUUCCUGGCAGUUUCAUCCCUUUUCCUGCGGCACAACUAAGAACAUGAAGCUGCUGUCAGCUCUCCUGCUCUUCCUCAUUCCUCUAUGGGCCAGCUGUGCGCCUCUUGUCCUUCCUCUGGACUGCAGCGACAUCUAUAACCAUGAUAACAGAAAACCCAGCGGCGUUUACACUAUCUAUCCUAUUGGGGCCACUUCGGCUGUCCAGGUGUUCUGUGACAUGAACUCUUUGGGAGGACGGUGGACAGUGUUCCAGAGGAGGAUGGACGGCUCCGUGAACUUCUACAGGCCUUGGGGUCAUUACAAGGAGGGCUUUGGGAAUGCUGAUGGAGAGUACUGGCUUGGUCUGGAAAGGCUCUUCCACUUAAGUCUCAGGAAAAAGUAUGAGCUGCUGGUCGACAUGGAGGAUUUUGAAGGAAAUAAGGCGUUUGCUCGUUACUCCUCGUUCUCUGUUGGUCCAGAGUCUUAUGGAUAUAUUCUGCAUGUCUCUGGAUUCAGUAAUGGAGGUGCAGGAGACUCUCUAAAUCGUCAUAAUGGAUUCAAAUUUUCCACCUUUGACAAAGAUCGGGAUAGUUCUCAAUCAGGUUGUGCCAGAAUAUUCCUAGGGGGGUUUUGGUACGGAAGCUGUCAUGUGAACAACCCCAAUGGGAUUUAUCGCUGGGGAGCUGAUGAUACUCUCUACGCUGUUGGAGUGGAAUGGUCCACGUGGAAAGGCCACAACUAUUCAUUGAAAGCCAUCAGCUUUAAGAUUCGUCCUGUUCAGUAAAAUAGCAGCAUAAAUGUUUAGCAGUGCAUCACAUUGUUGUUUUUUUAUAUACUGUAUAUAUACAUAUAUCUGCGAUCAUCUGCUGUUUUUCACGUUAAGAUAUCUUUCUGCUGCUUAUAUCACAUGUGUGGGUUAUUUUUAUUGGGCAAACUCUUUUGCAAUAGCAGUGUCAUCAUUUUACCGUCAUUAAAAUUGUUUAGAGAUCUUUAGGUUCUGACAAUUUCACCCUAAAUUGUGCAAAUGAGGUGAUAUACUACAAAGGAAAUUAUGACUCCCAGUAAAGAGGUAAUUAAAGUCUAAAGUAAUUACAUUUUGUGAAUUAAAUGUGAGCUUUUGUUGUUGCUGAAGACCUUCAGUCAGAAUAUAAAUUUUAAUUUUCUCUUCACAUGUCUUUAGCUUGACUGUUAACCUGUAGCUGAAAUCAUCUUCCGCUACUCUACUCUAAAUUUAGGUUGUUUACAUUAUCAAAACAUUUCCUUUCACUUUCUAGUCUUUUAUUCUUGGAGAGCUGAAUCACAACUUCCUAAUUUCAGUCAAUUGAAACAGUUAAAUUACACCAUAUUGUCCUUGGCUUUUCAGUUUUGUACAGUUUAAUUGUUUUCUUUUUCAUUAAGAAAAGAACAAUUAAG